AUGGCAUCUUACGAGGCUUUAUAUGGUCGUAAGUGUUGUACUCUGUUAUGUUCGACUGAGUUGGGUAAGUGUUGGGUUUUGGGUCCUAAGUUGGUUUUUGAGACCGAAGAUAAGGUUAGACUGAUUCAGGAUCGUCUGAAGGCGACUUAUGAUAGACAGAAAUCUUAUACAGAUCUGAAGAGGCAGGAUAUAGAGAACUCUGUAGGGGACUUUGUGUUUCUUAAGUUGGAGUUAGCUCUAGAGUUAGACCGUAUCCAUGAUGCCUUUCAUAUUUUGAUAUUGAGGUGGCAUCCGUCGGAUCCAUCUCAUGUUUUCUCGAUUGAGGAAAUCGAGGUUAGGCCGAACUUGACUUUUGAAGAGGAGCCUGUUCAGAUUCCGGAUCGAGAUGUUAACGUUCUGAGGACGAAAUCCACUCCUCUAGUGAAUAUUAUUUGGUGGAAUCAUGUUUUUGGCACAAAUGUGUAUUUGCUUCAGUGGUUAAGUGUUCUUGGUGUGUUAAGUGUUCUUGGUGUGUGUGUGUGA